AUGCCCGGUGUCAUAAUGGAGAACGGUUAUGGAACUGGGGCGCACACAAACCACGAUAGAGAUGGGGCCCCGAACGGUACGAAUGGCGCAUUGCAAGCAUCGAGUCGACCCGCGGAAAAGACUGGCAUGCCUGGCCACCAGCAACCACCGAAUCAAUCAGUACAACUGAACGGAGCGAACGGUGCGCCAAUGACACAAUCGGCAGGUCACUCAGCAGGAUCAGUGUUAAAGGAUGCCAAUAUCCAGACCAAAAGCACUCCUCCGAAGAUAAAUCACAUUACUGAAGGGUUCGAGUCGCUGCCAAACCUUCUCACGAGAUUGGCGCAAGUGACACACAACCAGCUGUCCGGAAAGUUGCUCGAGCUGGCUGGAAUGAACAUCCAGCAGUCGCCCGAUAAUUCGAAUGCUGUGAGCUUUGUGAGUGGCCCGGACGACAACUCUGCCGAAAACAUAAAGAAGAAGGUCAAUCUGCUCAAGUUUGCGGAAGGGGUACAUUCGAAUUGGACAAAGGCGCUGGUCAUCACGCAGUGGAGUAGGAUCAGCGAAGAAGUCAGUCGGGUUAUUGACCUCAAAGCUCAUUUAGACGAGCAGAAGCUCUACUAUGAUAUCGCGGUACAUGAGUUGAGCGAGGUCAAGAGAAGCUUGGUACAUGCGAGGUUACCCAACCCUGAUCUGAGGACGGCUGUGGAGGUGCUGUCCACCGGAAAGGCGUCAUGGAUGCCAGACCUUGGCUACAUUGAACCUCCGCCGUUAACAGCAAAGGAGAUCCUUCAAUCAUUACAGAACCUAAACACAUUACUAUCGAUACGACUGAAUUUACACGACUACGACAAGAUACCCUACCACUUCAGAAAUUACACAAUCAAAUCAGGCCGCGUAACUUUCAGAGUAGAGGGGGAGUUUGAAGUCGACCUUACAAUCGCCGAUGAAGAUCCCGAAAAGCAAUUCUGGUUCAUUGACUUCCGGUUUUUGUUUUCUCCUUCUCCGUCGGUCCUGACCGAUCAGAUGCGUUACUCCUUAGAGGCGAAGGUCAACACGGUGCUAGAAAAGGAUGGACUGGCAGGAUGCUACAAAGUUCUACACGAUUUGACUCUAACUCAUAAGAUAUCUGAACUCAGGCGGCAAGCAUAUGAGAUUGGCCGAUCGAGAUGGAUUGACGCUUUGAUGGUUGAGCCGUUGCGGAGGUCCCUUUCAAUCCAGUACUGGGUCGACAGAUGCGGCAAAGACGGACCAAAGAGUUGGAUCAUCAUUGGCAUUAUCAGUGGAAAGAAGAAGGGGGCCUAUCCCGACGAAAAAGAGACAAGCCAGAUUGGCAUUCGCUGGUUUCGAGACUCGAAAGAGGUAAAGGAUGUCGAAAUACCUCUUGAGCUCACCACCUUAUCGGUGGAGGGGUUAUUACGGUCUAUCAUUACCAUGCACGUUUCGCACAUACUGGAAAGCAUGUACAAAAGCCUCCGAACAAAACCCCUAUACGAGAACAGGGAUCUCGUUUUGUCAUUCAAGAAGCCAACGACGGCCGAACAAGAGCCAGAGCUCCACGUGCAGCUUACUUCUCAGUAUAAAAUCAACGUCAUCGUUGAGUAUAUUACUGGGAAGUUUGCCAUCAGUCCGUCAUCGAGACUCACAAGCCAAGCCGAAUAUAGGCUCAACAACCAGACCGUUGAUCCAGCUUCGAAUGGACACGAGUAUAUUGAGAACCUCCACUGCGUGUUGGUAUCUGAAGACACCGUCAACCGGGCUUAUACCGUAGGCUGGUUGCCUGUCAGGAACCCUCGCCUGCCACAAGACGAGCUAAAACCCUUCUUACCGCGAGACACGCUGCAGCUGUCAUGGUUCAAGAAGCCUGGGUGGGAUCCAAACUGGUACUUGGCCCUAAGCUCAGGCAUGAGUGGGGAGCGUUGGUGGUUAAUAGAGGUUACCAAUGUUCCCGAAGGGCCCAGGCCAGCUGCAGAUUCAAUUGUACUCGAUGGGCCAACAGUCAGGAGUCACAUCCAGCUGCCACUUAAAUCCGUGUCGCCUGCUCCGACCUACGCAUUCUUAUCAAGCCUGCAUUUGCUCUCAACCUCCAUGAUAUCUUACUACACUAAUAUGCGAGCUUUGCAUAGCCGCCGAUCGAAAUUUAUGCUUCGGAAUGCCUCCAAAAGCACGUUAUCUUAUCGGCAAGGCCAGCCAGCUCUAUAUGUCAUGCUGUCGACUUUAUUACCUUCAAAAAACAGAUCGCCCCGGACAGGCAAGCCGUGGGCGAAAGAUGUACUCAAAGUCUCGUUUCAGGGAAUAGAAACGUUGGAGCAAAAAGAAGCAGCUACAAGUCCUGCGGGUGGCUCUAGCCAAUCACCGUCGAAUCCACCAACCGCCCCAAGCGGACCAGUUGGCCCUCGACAAUCAGAUACCGAAGAAGGUGCAAUUAUGAUUGCAGAAGGCCAUAUGGAAACGGCCAUCCCAGCAGGGCUUCUCGUCAAGCAGCAUGUCGACAAGGAUAUUGCAUUCCAUCCAUCAACAAGUGCCUUCGCCUUCCGCCUUCAGGCCAGGGUUGGAGAGCCCAGCAUUGCCCCUCUUAUAGAGCGCCUUCAACGUGUCGAGCGGCUUGUGGACUUCGUACAAGUCAUCAACGCGCACCCAUACUCGUUACACUGUGAAAGUGUCUCCUUAAGCCGACUCAUAUUCAGCUACGGCUGUGUACAAAGCCCAAGUCCCAACCAGCCUCACACAGAAUCCCCACGAUACCAAGCCAUCAUCGAUUUCUCCAGUCAAACCUCCAAACUUGAACUCCAACUUGAAGCCGGGAAUCCACACAUCCGCAUCCUGGACCACCUCACCAAGAUCCUCAACUCCCCACUCGGUCUCCAUGGACUCGCCACCAUCCUUCCCCUCACCCUCCCAGUCCUUCGUGCGCUUGAUGCUGCCGAAGACUCAUGGGAGGAUCUCCCAAGUAGCGAGUUGCAGAUACUAUGCCGCGCUGCUGAUUGGUACGCCGUUCGGUACAUUCUAACGCCUCCCAGCGAUGGUGACAACAAAUCACCGGCCCCUCCAAAACGCAUCAUUUUCGAAAUCCGACUACACCGCCGCGGAAACGUGCCAUGGUGGUGUAUGCGCCGCGACCAGAAGCAUAACGCUACAACCGUGGACCCACUGGAUUUAGCAUUGAAGGAGAAGGUGUGGACUCGAAGUGAGAAGGGGGUCUGGAUGGGCAUGCAGUGCGCUGCGAUUGCUCAGACUGGCGGCGCAGAGGCUAUGGUUUUACGAGUCGAUUCAGCUAUGCGUGAUUUGGCAAAAGAUGGCACUGUAUUCGCCAGUGCUGCGCCCGGCGUGACGGGCGUGAAGGGCGAGGGAGCUGUUCCGGAGACGACUGAUGGGCCAGGAGGUCAAACUGGACAGGCGCAAGUUCAAGCUGUGAAUGCGCCGAACAAGGCCCAAGCUCAGCGGCCGCAGACUAAAUCCCCAGUCCUACAGAAGCAGGUGCAGAAGAAGGCCCAGGGGCCGCCGACCCAGCAACAGAGGACGCAGGCGGCCUUGAAUGAAGCGCCGCAUCGAGCACAGUACCAAGCCCAGCAGCUCGCGAGGCAGAAGGAGAUGCACCGGCAAGCUCAAUUUCAAGCGCGGCAGGGCCAGGGCCAGGGCCAGCAGAGACCGAACGCUAACGCUAACGCUAACGGUGGGGGCGGGAAUUCGGGGAAGCAGGAUGCGAUUGUAAUAGACUAG